AUGACGGCUUCCUCAGAAUCCCCGAUCGAUGAGACAUCUUCCCAAAUUUCGUCGGAUUCAACCGAUUCAUGUCUUACCACACCUGACCCCACAAUCAUGGCAGGGUUCUGGGGCGAAUUACUCGCCUCUGAGAUUUACCUCCUUGAACAAUGGAAUGCCUCGUCCAGCGAGAGUCCUAUUGCGCAGCGAGACCGACUCUUCCGUGACUAUGUCCAGAUGGGUGUUGCUGGUCGGUGGCGUUAUCAUCAAGCUGCCGAGUCAGGGGAUUAUGAGCGACCAACUGUGGACCAGAUCACGCUCCUGGAGGGGGUCCGAACAGUCGAACAGCGCGCUACCGCCAUGCUAGUCGCGCGCGGUCAUCACCGUGCGUGGCUGCGCAUCGACUAUGAAGCAGAAUGGCAGCCAGAUCCGAGACGAAAUCCCAUGGACGAGCACACGGAAGACGUCCUCGCGAGAGCAACGAGCAAUAACCAUACAAAAGUCGAUUUCCUGUUCCUAAAUGACCGGGAUCUAUACGCGUACAAGGACUGGCAUGAACUGUUGACGUGCAUCCCUGAGGUCCUGGACAGCCACAUGGGUCCCAAGAUGCCAUGGCAAUACCGUCAGAAGAUCAAUGAAGUGAAGACAAAGGCAAUGAACGACUGUCAGAUGAGCUCAGAGGAUAUGCAUGAAUAUAUUCGAGCAGACGGGCAUUGGGCAUGGGUGACGGGCAUCCUCUGGGUUCAUGACAAGAAGACAACGCAGUCCGGGGAUAUCAAUCUGAUUUGGAUGGACGAGUAUGGACGGGCAGUAAGGGAGGCCCGGUUAGGUUCUGAGCUUGCGCUUUGUUUUGACUUUCCAAGCCCUGAUAUGAGGAAUGCAUGGUGGACGAUGGCGAAGGAGGGAGAAAAGUACGAGGGUGGACAGUGGCCAGAAACGUCGGUGGAUGCACUGUACUCUGGUGACAUCCUGGCCAGGUCCUAUCUUCAGAACUAG